UCCUCUGUAGUAAUUAGAGCUAGGCAGCAAUUAGGGACUUGUGAUUUGUUCGGAGGCACUGCCUGCCGGCCUUUCCUAGCGCCACAUCUCGCAGGAGCUCCGGGUGGAGAGGAUGGAAGGAUUUAUCUCUCAGAGUAUUGCCGCGCUCAGUGCGGGAGCAAGGGCGUGAGCGCGGACAGUAAUCUUUAAAGCGAAGGCAGCGCGUGCCACGCUACGACCCUCCCUGCUCUCGUGCGCACACCCACCUUGGUGAUGCAGCCUUCGCUGGACAUCAAGCCGUUUAUGUCUUUUCCAGUGGACAGUAGUUCUGCUGUCGGGCUCUUUCCAAAUUUUAACACAAAAAGAAGAGGCUUAUUUGGGACCAAUAAAUUCUGCCAGAUGGACCCUGUGCAGAAAGCCGUCAUUAACCACACGUUUGGAGUCUCCAUUCCCCCGAAGAAGAAACAAGUUAUUUCUUGUAAUGUCUGUCAGCUGCGCUUUAACUCAGACAGCCAGGCCGAGGCCCACUACAAAGGAAGUAAACAUGCCAAGAAGGUCAAAGCACUAGAGGCAACGAAAAAUAAACCCAAAAUGGUUUCUUCCAAGGACAGCGCAAAGGCUAAUCCCAGCUGCUCCGUCAGGCCAAUCACAGGCGACAGCUCUGACAAAUCAGAAGACAAAGGGAAGUCAAAAGCCACCAGUUCCGCUCAGCCCUCAGGCUCUGAGGGAGGCGCCUUUCUCCUCAAAUCUGGAACCGCACCUCUGCCACCCGCGGCCAUCACUUCUCCCUCCAAGAGCACAAACGGAGCUCCGGGGUCUGCUGCUGAAUCCGAAGAAGAAAAAGCCAAAAAACUGCUCUAUUGCUCGCUAUGCAAAGUGGCUGUGAACUCCCUGUCACAGCUGGAGGCACACAACACAGGAUCUAAACACAAGACCAUGGUUGAGGCUCGUAAUGGAGCUGGUCCAAUUAAGUCCUACCCAAGACCUGGGUCAAGGUUAAAGAUGCAGAACGGCAGUAAGGGUUCGGGACUCCAGAACAAGACAUUUCAUUGUGAAAUCUGUGACGUUCAUGUUAACUCAGAGAUCCAACUCAAACAGCACAUUUCCAGCCGAAGGCAUAAAGACCGUGUCGCAGGAAAACCGCUGAAGCCGAAAUACAGCCCCUACAACAAGCUCCAGAGGAGCCCGAGCAUCUUAGCCGCAAAGCUGGCAUUCCAGAAAGAUCUGAUGAAGCCUCUGACCCCGACUUUCCUGUCCUCGCCCCUGGCGGCUGCGGCAGUGUCUGUGUCCUCGGCGCUGUCCCUGCCGCCUCGGCCAUCCACCUCGCUCUUCCAGGCUGCAGCCAUUCCGCCUGCGCUGCUGAGGCCUGGCCAUGGGCCCAUCCGGGCCACUCCCGCCUCCAUCCUCUUUGCCCCUUACUAAAUACUUGCAGCCCGCAACAGGCCAGGCCAACGGAAAGGCGUAGAAGAAAAGCCCAGAGGAUUCAGCGAUGUAAGCCUUGUAUGUGACUGUAACCACCCCACCCACCCACUUACAAAGUGCAGGCCGCAGAUCAGCCCAACCUCCAAAGCCAAGCAGAGGCCAGGCUGACAGGCACUAUCCCCGUUUUCCGUGCCCCUCCCCCAUCCUACCCCAGCCAAUUGGUGUAUCUGAGAUAUUUAAGUUUAUUGAAAAUAUAUUGAUCAGAAAAAGAGAACCGACCUCCGUAUUCCCAUGGACGUGAACUGGCUUAGAAACGAAAUGGAAUCUCUUCCUGGCAGACUUGAACAGUCAACUCUUCCUCGGGUGUCUGUAAAUAACUCCGGAAUCCAGGCGGGCAUGUUCUAGCGUGGAACGGAAGUCCAUUGCAAGUGCUUAAUUGUGGAUACCACCUUCCCCACAGAUCAUGGCGAUCUUCCUUCUGGUGUAUUAGCGUCCAUAGGGACUGUGUACUGUUCUAGACCUGAGUACUGUUGUAUCCCGUGUAGUACUAGAUUGUAACUCUUGUCGAGUUAAACUUUUUUUUUUAAUUAUUGCUGUGUAAUUGUUAGGAAGCAAAGUAGCUUUGGAAUUUUUUUUUCUCUUUAAGAGAACAAAAGAUAAUGUAUUUUCCUUAUUUCAUGUUUUAUUUGGAGAUAUUUAAACAGAAUAGAAAGCCAUAUAACAUAGCUAUAAUUACUACCUGUUUGCUGUUUUUGUUUUAACUUAUUUUUGUAGCACCCUCACUGGUUUGAGUUGCUAAGCAAAUGUAUACAGAAACACAAAGAGCUUCCUAGUUGCACAUGUUUGCACCUUCUGUGCAUCUGCAAGGAGACAAUGAAUCCAUGUAUUUCUACAUAAUGAUCUUCAUUUUAAACUCUUUUCAUUUGUAAUGAUGCUACAUAACUCUGUGGCUCCCUGAUGCAAUAAUGUACAGAAGAUAUAUAAUUUAUAAUUGAACAAUCUGUCUUUCUGUUCGAUGACUAUGUCACAGGUCACAUGACCAUGCCCUUCCCCACCCCCAACAAAACCCCAACUGAUGUUGAGAAGACUGGAAUGUUUGUGAUAUCAGGGGCAGGAGGUAUCAUAAAACAAUGCAGAGAGUGAACUCUUGUAGAGGGCCUAUAUCUGCCAUCUGUAAAUGGUAAAAUGUCUGUGUAUUUUUUUAAAUGUACCUUUUCAAUAAAAGUACCAA